UUUUUGUUUUUGAUAUAUAUAGAAAAUGAGUCAGCUAUAUAUUCAAGUAUGUUAUUUUCCUCACCUGGACAAAGUUUAUUAAAAUAAGAUUAUUCUAUGAGAUGUCAGCGAAAGUCUCAAGAAACUUGAGAGCAAAUUUAAUCAAAGCAGGUCAGAUCAGUACAAGAGUGCCUUCUACUGGGCAACAGAGGAACAACAAAUUUUGUGUGUUAGUUUUUCUAUUUCAGUAAAUGAUUUGUGUUAAUAUUAAUAUUUUGCACAUAAAGGAAGGUGUUAAUUUUAUCUGCAUUAUUUUUUUUGGCAGUCAUUCUGUAAGAUAAGUUUAUUUAAUUGAAAUUCUAAAAUGCUAGAUUCUGUAGACAUCCAUGUGCAAUUUUUUAUUUUCUGUAAAUUAUUAUUUAUUUGGAGAAAUGUAAUUUCAAUAUUGACAAUUAAAUAGGUUACUUAAUAGGUUAUGAUUGCAUAUUUAUACUCAUAGAUUUGAUCCGGUGGUCCCAUUCGCUUUAUUUACAUGCAUCUCUCCUUAUUUAAAUGCUGUUUGGAUCCACAAAACACUUCAGAAGCAAUACCACUUAAACAGACAGCAUUGUUGAAAUGAUUACCUCCCAAGCUUUCAUAGUGAGAGGGCUAUAAUUGCAUUCCUGUGCAAUGUUAGCCCAGUCUUUGGCUGUGUGUGGACCCUGAUGACCUGUGAGAUGUAUAUAGUAAACAGUGCUUGCUGGCCGUAUGGCACGGCUCCCAAUCAGGGCUAGUGUCUAGACCCCUGCCGUUCUGUUCGCAGGAUUAUCUGCCAUCAUUUUUUAUUUUAUUUUUUAUUUACCGAGCCCAGCGUUACUGCGGCGGACUUUAACAGUCACAAGUUUUAUUUUAAGUCAGAAAGUUCACACUAAAAGCACUUAAAACUUAUAGUCUAAUAAUAUUGCCAAUUAAUUUAGCCAUGUUGAAUUUGAUCGAUGUUGAAUUUUUUUUUUUUAAAUCUUAUUUAAAAGUAGUUGUUUUUGUUUCAAGCUGCUGUCUUAAUUCCAUAAGGCAUUUUCAUGCAUUUUAUUUUCAAGAGGCUUAUUUUCAAAUAAGCAAAAUAGACUAAAAAAUUUGAUGACCACUCUUUUUAAUCUGCCUAUAGGCUUGCCGACCCAGACUCUGGAGUAAGGGUUACCUGUGGCGCUCCACUUCUCCUUUCCCAACAAUGUUCCUAAUAUCUCCGGCUAAAUCACAUUCCUCAGCCAGCAUCACAAUGGGAGAACUGUUUGAUGGUUAGUCUCUCCCUCUCUUGCCCAUAUCUCAGGUAUUCCCCUUACUUAGGAACCUGAAGCACCCAGACCUCUCAUAACCUCUGUCACUAUAUCACUUUUUUGCUUGGGAAAUGCUUUUGAGAAAAGAGAAUGCUUUUGAAAAAAGAAAAGUUUUAAAAGUUAAAAUAUAUAUAUAUAGUGACAUUGUGUUUUAAUAAUAAAACAAUUUGCAGAAAAAAAUCAAAUAAUCUUUAAAAAAUAUUUUUAAAAGUUGUACUCGCAUGCUUGAUUUUAAAAAUAAAUGAAUAAAUGUUUUAUUUAAUUAGAAAAUACUGUAGAAACUUACAGUGGUUAUAUGCGAGUGUAGCCUUAAAUGAUAUCAGGAUGGUCAACUUUGUUAAUAAUUUACAGUAAAUAAAAUAAUUUGAACAUUGUAAAAGCGGAACUGUCAAUAAGUGUUGAAUAUUUCUGUUGGUGUGCUCGACUACGAUUUGAAAAUAAAUUUGCCCCCAAAAAGAAACCUUUUUCCGGCAUAGGGGGAAGAAGUCCAAAACAAAACAUUGCAUGAUAGUCUUUAAGUAGUUCCAUCUGUCCAGCAGAAUUUCAGGCUAAUAGCCUGUGGCGCAUCAGUCCGUUCCCUUAACUCCCGCAACCUGACUCUGUCCUAUUAAAUCUCUCCACUCCUCCAAAAAAAAGUGAAUGAAGGAGAAAAAGAUCUUGAGCAGACCUAAGUCAACUAAAUUGUGAUAGUGAUGAUGAUGGUGAUGAUGAGGGUGAUGGUGGCGGUGAUGAAGCACGAGCCCUAAUUAAGGAGAAAAAAGGACCUCAGGCACUCAGUGAUGUGGAAAAAAAGGGCUCAUCAUUGUGGUGUAUUUUUUUAAGGACAGCUCGCUCUGUGAGCAGAUGACUGCCGCUCACCUUGCCACGGGGUCUGCGUGAGAUUGGUUCAUUGUCAAGGAUUUUUUUUACCCAUGAUUCCAUAUGGUAUGGAGUGGGCUACAUGUUGCCCAACAUGCCAGUGCAAAUGUUUUCUCAAUUAGGUGUCUUAUCUCCGGUGAGUGCACUAGCAUCAGAUGAAGCUUGCUGACAGCGUAAUGGCAGCUAAAACCUCGGAAGGCUCCAUCAAAUGGCAGCUCUGCUACGACAUCUCGGCCAGGACUUGGUGGAUGGAUGAAUUCCAUCCUUUCAUUGAAGCACUGCUGCCCCAUGUGAGAGCGUUUGCCUACACUUGGUUCAACUUGCAGGCCCGUAAGAGAAAAUACUUCAAGAAGCACGAGAAGCGCAUGUCUAAGGAAGAGGAACGAGCCGUGAAGGACGAGCUGCUCAGCGAGAAGCCGGAGGUCAAGCAGAAGUGGGCAUCGCGGCUGCUGGCCAAACUCCGCAAGGACAUCCGGCCGGAGUUCCGCGAGGAUUUUGUGCUCACUGUCACCGGGAAGAAGCCUCCUUGCUGUGUGCUCUCCAACCCCGACCAGAAGGGCAAGAUGAGGAGAAUUGACUGCCUGCGUCAGGCGGACAAAGUGUGGCGCUUGGACCUGGUCAUGGUGAUUUUAUUCAAAGGUAUUCCGCUUGAAAGUACUGAUGGUGAAAGGCUGGUUAAGUCUCCGCAGUGCUCGAACCCAGGGCUGUGCGUGCAGCCCCAUCACAUAGGAGUUUCCGUAAAGGAGCUCGACCUGUACUUGGCCUACUUCGUGCAUGCAGAAACCGGACAGUCUGAAAGUCCGAACCAGCCCAGUGAAGGCGACAUCAAGGACCAGCCAGAAAAUGGGCACCUUGGCUUCCAGGACAGUUUCGUCACAUCAGGUGUCUUCACCGUCUCUGAGCUCGUGCGAGUCUCACAGACGCCCAUUGCAGCAGGGACGGGGCCCAACUUCUCGUUGGCAGACUUGGACAGCUCUUCCUACUACAGUAUGAGCCCUGGGGCCAUGAGGCGCCCCCUACCCAGCACUUCUUCUAGCAGUUCUGCAAAGCGUAUCAAAUGCAUGGAGGAUGAGGUGGACAGCCCGGGAGAGGAGUCCUACUACCCAGGUCAGGGACGCUCGCCUGGCAGCGGCAGCCAAGCCAGCAGCUGGCAUGAAGUGGAGCCAGCUGGAUAUAAACUGCGUGGCUCGCUAGCUAGUUCGUUCAUCUCAAGACAAGGGAUGCCAUCGCCUACCACAUUAAAGAAGUCAGAGAAGUCUGGUUUCAGCAGCCCUGUGCCUUCGCAGACCGCUUCCCCCCGAACGGCAUUCACACACCAUCAUCGACCUGUCAUUACAGGACCCAGAGCGAGUCCUCACGCCACGCCGUCAAGUCUUCAUUUCCCGACGUCGCCAAUCAUCCAGCAGCCUGGCUCGUACUUCUCCCACCACGCCAUCCGCUACCACCCCCAGGAGACGCUCAAGGAGUUUGUCCAACUUGUCUGCCCUGACAGUGGUCAGCAAGCUGGACAGCCCAACGGGAGCAGUCAAGGGAAGGUACACAAUCCGUUCCUGCCCACCCCAAUGCUGCCACCUCCUCCACCUCCCCCGAUGGCGCGACCCGUGCCCCUGCCCGUGCCAGACUCCAAACCUCCCUCGACCUCCACCGAAGGAGGGGGCAACUCCCCCACCUCACCAACCUACUCCACACCGAGCACGUCUCCCGCUCAGCGCUUUGUCAGCGUGGGCCCCAGAGACCCCAGCUUUGUAAAUAUCCCUCAGCAGCCUCAGUGGUACCUGGGCUAAAGACUCCCGACACAGACCGGCCGCUCCCGAGGUCACACGACCACCCCCUCUGUCUCCCCUGAGUACGACCCGCAAACAUGUACACCAGUCUGAACAGAGAGAAGCCACUUGCUGCCCCAGUACUGGACAGACCCACAGCAUGGCUCCAGCAGAACCCCGCCAAGCCCUGGAACAAGAGGAACCGACUCAACGCGCUUACACCCACUUACUAUAUAUCUAUAUAGUCCAUAUGUAUUCUUCCAUAUGUAUGGUUUACAUGCCUAUAUUCAUAUAUAGUAGCUGUCCAGCUCUUCUGAGGGUGGAGCUCGAAAAAAAAGAAGAGCUUUGUUUUCUCGGAAACGUGCACGUUUUUUUGUUUGUUUGUUUUUGUUUUGUUUUGUUUUGUUGUAUUUUUUGGUUUACCCUCACAGAUAGACGAGGAAAACGUAACAUGACACAAUCAAAGAGCUUCCCGCAUCUGUGCCUGUGGUCUUAAAGAGAAGUCUGAGGCGUUUCGAAUCAAACACAGUCUACGGCCAAGGGUCGUGAACCCACAACCACCUGGAGGUCGGAGCUCUGCCUUUCAAUCACUCGUGUUUUGACGGAUCGAUCCGGUUUCGUAUCGUGAACGUUGGAGGUUUCGCCUGGGUCAGAUAUACCACCAGCUAAAAUCUCUAUUGCGUCUUCUGGCCAGGACCAUUUCCUCCCCCUUCCACCAUCAUCACCACCACCAUCAACACCAUGUCAGAUCAAAGAACCCUUUCAAGGACUCAACCGAACCCCUCGCUCCCAUUUUUUCUGUUGUUUUUUUUUUUUUUGUCAUUUUGGGGCAGGCGAUGAAGAAGUCAUGAACGGUAAUGUUUGAUAUCAGGUCAUUUUACAGUAUACUAAUGGGAGAUCUCCCCACUUGGAGGCAUGUUCAUAUUUUGUGUUUUUCGUACAAAAAUCAUUGCGAUUCUUUCUACUAAACCCCAGCGGAAGGUCUGUCGCACACCAAGGGCCGAGUGAAGGUUUGAUCUUCCAUAAACUUCAAGAAAAGGUUAACAGUGAAUACUGAUUUGAGGAAAGUGCAAUUUUGUUGGGUAGAUGUUGGAUUGUUAAAUAUCUUUGUAAGAUAGAUCAUUGAAGCGAUUGUUGAAAAGUAUAUAUAUAUAUAAAUAUAUAUAUUUUUCUUCCUAGUCCGUUCACACCUCCAGGACUCUAAAAUAUCGGGGUACAAAAAAAAAAAAAAAACGUAAAGAGAAAAAUAGAACAAAUAGCCUUGUGAGAAAUAAGGGGAGCUGUAAUUGAUUUUUCUGUUGUUGUUUUUUAUGUGUUUGUUUGUUCAUCUUUUCUUAGCAUUGUAGAACAAAUGUCCCUUUAAGAAGUAUCACCGUUUAAAUAAUCAGUUUUUAGGAUUUCUGCUAGUUCAUUUCCAAAACACUACAGCAAUUGUUUUAAUUUAACCGAGCACAUAAUGUAUGCAGAAAAUUAGCAGUUUGCGAAAUCAUGAACGUAAAGAAAAACGUAAAAAUCGACUGCUUGAAUCCGUUCAAAUACGAAAGCAAGGGGCGAAAUACUGAACCAACUUCCUCGCAAACACUUUUGAAAGUGUUGCGCAAAAAUGUGAAGAUCAAAAAAUGCAUCCAGCUUCCCUCGCAUGCAAUUUUGUUGUUUUUGAGUUUGAGUUUUUGUUCGUUUCCUGUACGAAAUAUAUAUAUAUAUAUAUACACUUACAGUCUCAUCCACCGUCGAUCAAAGCUCAGUAAAGUUUAAAAAAAAAAAAUAAAAGAAAUAAUAAUCUGCAUGUUCUAGUGUUAGUGACAAAUUUUUACAUAGAUUACGUAGAGUUAAAGUAGUGUGAAAAAUAUUGUAAUCCCAACAUCGGGCACUUGCCGAUCAACUAUUUGUUUGGUCCCUUAAAAAAGGGUAUUUUUACUGCUGUUCUCACAAUCAACCAGCUAAACAUCUCUCUGACUCUUCUUAGCUUGUCGUCAUUUCGAUAACGUCUCCCUUCCUCCUUUAUUCCCGUCAGAACAAUCAUUUUCAUGUCUCAAGAGCGACAUACGCACUUCAUUGUCUCUUUUCAAACUGCACGAACAAUUCCACAUCGAUGUGCCUUGAGCGAUGGUCUAGUUCUGAGUUAUUGCACAAGCUGCAAUGUGGAGACUAUUUUUUUACGUUUUCACCCCACCUUCCACAUGUAAUAACUUGGAGAAAGUGAAAUUAGUGCUGAUGAAGGUGUUUGUUAAUGAUAAUACGCAGUAUUACUCUCCAUUUAACUACAUUUCGCCACUAUCGGUCGUCCAAUGCUUCAAAAAUCCCAUCAUUUUCACUUCAAUCAGUCGAAAGUCAAUCAUUCACCCUAGAAAACGUGUAACAGUGGUUUUAUGUCAACAAGCCCUUUUUUCUCUGAUUUAACACUAGUGUAUUGAUAUUUAUGGAUGUUGCUGCAAUUUCUAAAUGACGACUACUUUUUCUUUUCAGUCUUCCUGUUUUUUUUUUUUUGUUUUUUUUGUUUGUUUUUCAUUCCCAGAGAUGAUUAAUGAGGAAAAGAUUAAUAUGCAAUACUUGCUUGCACUCAUAUGGUCAUUUUUUAUUUUUGUUUUCAUUUUUUAUUUUUUACCACCAAAGUGAGCACUUGACAGGUCAAGUGGCUGAACGUCAGUGUGCUUUUCAUGGCCAUGACACGAGAAAACGGCAUUGAUCAGCCUCACUUGGGUUUCACACAAAUGAUCAUAAAUGUUUUCACAUGUUUUCGUUUUUUUCGGUCAUAAUCAAGCCUUAAAAACGAGGAAACUUCCUUUCCAUCACAAACACACAAGCAUGAACACGUCCAGGACAAAAAAUAUGCCCAGUUUUUAUGUACAUUUUGACGAAGUUCCAUGUUAUAUUAAUUGUUUACCUGUUUAUUUUCUAUUGCAUAUAUCAUUUAAGAAAAGAAAAUUAUGGGAAUGAGUUUCCCAGGCAUCUGAUGUGAUGGUUUAGUAGUUACACUUGUGUGGGUUGUUUGUUUUUUUUAGCGUGAUUUUUUUUUUUUUUUUUUUUUUUUUCAUUGUUCUUGCCUACCUUUUAAAAAUGAGUUGGGCAUUACUUUCUUAAUCGUCUGCACUAAAUAAAAAAUAAUGACAAUUGUGAUAAUUGAGAAAAAAAUACAAAAAAAAAAAAAAAAAGCUUCCAGGGCUUAAAAGAGCGAAGGGAAACACGAUUGCACGGAUAUUUUUUUUUGUCACAAAAACCUUUGUUUAGAGCAGCCUGGCAUCUAAUCAGCAAGAUUGGCUGUGUGUGUAAGAUAAUGACAGAAUUGCACCCUUUUUAAAGAAAGAAAAAAAAAGAGAAAAAGAAUUUCAAGCAAUAGUUUGGGCAGUCUGUUUUGUUCUCGUGUUGUGUGUGUAAUUUAGUUUUUUGGUACAACGUUGGAGAAGAUGCGGGAGAAGCGAACAAACCGAAUCGAUUAGAUACGAGAGUUAGGGCGGACGCACCUGAGUAUGGGAGAUUUGAUGUUUGUAUAUUGUAUAGUUUUAUUAAUUACACUGAUUUUAAAGCUGCCCUAUUUUAUAAUGCAGGACUUUUGUAACAUUGAUUAAAUGAGGAAAAACUAGUGUUGUGAAUUUUCUGAUUGUUUGUAUUAAGGCCACAUAAAUAGAACUGGUUUUGUUUGUCCUCUGGGGAACUGGAUUUAAGUUGAAAACUUCCUGUUUCCUAUUUUUGUUUUCUUUUGCUUUCCUUUUUGUAUGUAUUUAAGGACUUAUUUCUUCUUUCGAUGGUAUAGAAGUACUCCUAUACUUGAAAAGUGUAGGAUGCCGAGGUGAAAACCCCAUUGUAAAUGGAUGUUACAAGUAUGCUGUAUGUUUUGAAGGUUAUUUGUUGCAUCAGUGUUGAUGAAGCUAAAUCUAGAUAAUUCUGAAGAUGUUGGUAAGAAGAGAGCGUUUUUAUGCAUUUUAAAAUUAGUUUUAGGCAGAAGACAAUGACAUAGACAGCCAAAGGAUGCCCCUAUUAUAAAUGCAUCUAGGCAUCUUUUUGUGUUCACCAUUCCAUGCAGGAAAAUAAACCGCUUGAUAUGCAACAUGAUUCUUUUUUCUUUUCAACUUCUUCAUCUUUCUUCCACCACCCACCAGCGCACGCACACACAAAAACACUCGAGCGACGUUAAAUGACGGGAAGGUUGGUCACAGUGGGGCGUCAAUAAAGCCAUUCCUCGAUUUUACAUUUCACCUAAAAGCGAGGCCUUCUGGUCCAACCGCGCACCACAACACACAUGAAGAUCGCUUGAUGCUUGUUUAAUACACUAAAAAGACAUACGAUUCCUCAAAAAAAGAAGAACUUUGACUUUUGUUCAGGAUAAAUGGACAAUGUUCAGAAAUGAGAAUUUUUUUUGAGUCAUGUAUAACAAACAAUUUUCGAAUUUCCCAUCCCAUUUUGUCACUUUUCAAUUUGGUUUAGGUUAUACUGUCUCAUUUUGUUUAUACAGAUUAUGUAAAAUAAUAGUCAUGAUAUCUAAACACAAUCUGAAUAUUUUGAGAUGGCAUGUUAACAUUUUCCCUUCAAUAACAUCAAUUUCAUGCUAGUCCUGAAACAGGGUUGAAUAAAGGUCCCGCAGGCCUUUAUUAUUUUUAUGUCCCCAUUUUUGUGGGCCUUGUUGUUGUAUCGCUAGCUUUCAUUUGUUCGUUUAAAGCGGGAACAAAGCAUUGGAUGGUUUAAGGCAGGAAUACGGCGUUAUAUCAGGGUAAUAUUCAAUCAUGAGACAUUUUGAAAUGUAAAAAGCCAAAAAACACAACAACUAAAUCAAGUAUACGUCCAUUCACUGCUCUGGAGAACUACAGGUUUGACUACAGGUAGAUCAUUACUUUUUUCAUUAUGCUCAAACUCUUAGCAAACCCAUAUUUCUCUCUGGGGUUCGAAUGGCCCCAUAAAAUCAAAAAUGAUCUGCAGAACGGAGCCCAAUGAGGAUCUUAAAGGGCCUGGGAUGACAUUCUGGGGCCCUUCGUAUGGACAAACAUGUUGUCAGCUUCAUCAUACCAUGUAUUUAACCCCAUCAUGCAUCAGUGCCAGGUGGCUUAACUGCACCAACCGGUACCAUUACAAGGUGCUAAAUCUUGCUGAAGUGGAGGCUAACUGGAAACGAGCCUGCUUUCUGAUAGCAUAGCAGUGUAAUCCGCAUGACAACUAUGCACUGACGACACGCUAAUCUAAUCAGAGUCUGGUACUUGCACCUUUGCCUUCCUCUUUUUUUAAGAACUUGUAUCGAAAUCAAAGGAAUAAUGAAACUAAAAGCAAACCAGCAUUUUACCUGAUGUAUUUAAAAAGAUCAAAUGUAGUGCCUGUGAAAAACUGUAUUAUAUCGCUCUCUGAAUAUCAAACCAGUUAACAGUUUGUAAUCAUUUCCAUUUUCUCAACACCAGUAGCCUUUUCUGAUUAUAGCUGUUCAGUAACCACACACUAUAAACUGCAUGCGCCUCCAUAACCAACUGAUAUAAACAUGACUCGAUGAUCUAACCCAGCUCUGCUACCAGUCCACUUCCCAAAACCUCCAAGAAAUUUCUCCAAUUCAUUCCGUUUGCGUGUUCCAAACCAGUUCGUCCUGUAGUAUUAUUGCAUAAUGAAGUCAAGGAAGUGAUUUACAUCUACUAAAAUAUGGCGUCCACCUAAAUUCUAGGAUUUCCAGGUCCAUGUCCUGCUGUAGACCUCAGUAUAUCCAUUAUCUCCAACAACAAUCAUGAAGGUCUGUGUUUCCCGGUGUUUCCACACUCGACAAUCGAUACUCAGUGGAACUGGCAUCUUGCUGUAGGUGCAAUUCACACCGUCUCUCAAGUCCUGAAGUAAAAAACGAAAGGCUCUUUGGUGGGGAUGAGAAUCGUUAAGAAUUUAAUGAUUCCAACUGGUUCCUUUAACGAUUCUUUUAGUACUUUUAAGGGGAAAAUUAUUUGGUGUAAACUACAUAAUACACAAUAAUACUAAAUAAAUUAACACAUUAAAUUGAUUUUGUUUUUUAUACAAUAUUACAGACCAAAUGCAUGUGUAUCUUUAACCAUGUUCUUCUCAUGUGAACAGCCAGUCAGCAACUACCGAUUUAAUUAGUUGUAAGCUGUAUGUUUCAUUCAUUGAAUCAUUUGUUCGGGAAUCAGAGUACACUAUUUGUGCUGUUUUUGGUUCACAAAAAAGAGCCAUUUCAUUUGACUAAAUCUUUCGGGAAUCGGACUACACUGACGUUGAGCUGUAUGUUUUCAAUUAACUAAAAUCCAUUCAUUUGGAAGUCAAAUUACACUGAUCACGCUGAACCACCUUACAUUUGAGUCUAACUCGGGCAUUUUCAACUCAAGAUCCUCUUUUGUGUGGAGUUUACCGCCAACCAUGAUUAAACUCACCUGCCUGCAACUUUCUAGUAGUCCUAAAGAUCUCGAUUAGCUUGUUUGAUGAGGGUUGGAGCAAAACUCUACAGGAAAGUGGAUUUUGAGGGCCAGAUUUGAGAAUCCCUGGUUUGUGUAUUUAGUAACGGUGUUGCAGCACCCCUGAAUAAGUAGUACUUCAGUACAGAAUUCGGCAGAAAAAUUCAUGUACGAGAACCGUUAACGGAACCGAUUGAGUCCUCAAAAGACUGAAAACUGAAGGGUAGGGUUCAAACAUUAGGUGGAGUGUUGAAAUUUGAAAAUAACUCUAAACGUGAGCAUAGUUUGUGUAUCUACAACAUCCAGGGCCAUCAAAUCCAACCCCUUAGGACAUGAGGUCUUCUAGUAGCCAAUAAUAUCCAUAACUAAAUGGUUACUAUUAAAGUGUUUCCUCUUUGUUGGUAUUGAUUAUCAAAUAUCUUAAAAGGUGUUUUUGAAUUUUAAAACCACAUUUUUGGAAAUGGAUGUUCUUGUGUGUAUAGUCCGAGGACCCUUGUGAACGUUCAAAAUUAGCCAGCACUGCGGCCCUAAUCAUAAAGAAGACAAUCCCGGUGGUUAGAGUGAAAGAUUACACAUAAAUCACUGGUGUGAUGUUACCAGACCCCUUCAACCAGCUCCACCACUCCAAAUCGUCAUGUCCAUCAUCAUCCUUCGAAUAUCCAACCCGACCUCAUGAGAAAACGUGACUAUUUUACGAAGUGGCGGUGUUGUAUCAAUUCGUAAGAUUUCAUUUGUAUGAAAAGUAUGAUUUUUUGGAAAAAAUUAAGAAGGUCCACCCCUAAACUUCGUACAAAAACAUUCAUAUGAAUUACCCACCAAUUCGCCAAAGCGUAAAUUAGUUACAAACUGCCAUGAGAGUGUUGGUAUAUCUCAUACAGCUCCAUCUCACACCGCAGAAUCACCGUAUACGUACUUACGUUUUAGAUACAAUCUAAAAUAAAAUGUAAAAAAAAAAAAAUAAAACCUUGUGCCUCUAAUACAUUUCCUGAAGAAAACUUCACGUUGUAUUGGUACCAGCUCCAUUAACUAGUUCCAUGGAGCUUCUGUAUUUGAGCUGUGAAUGAUUUUGUUUGCUUUUCGGUUCUUUCUCUGAACUUUUCUCCUUGUUUUCUGUGUGUAGUGCCAUGCCUCUUUCUCUUGGAGCCAUUAGUGUCCACCUCCAUCGACUCAAUUACUAAAAGCAAGAUGUGCAUUUCCUAUGCAACGACAAAUGAGAGAGAAAAAAAAACAGAAAUAAAAGACGCUAAUGCUGUA